CGGCCGCCUUGGGGAGGAGCGGCCGAGUCCCGGAGGGCGGUGGGACGGACGACCAGGGUGCGGAGGGAAGACCUCGGGGAACUGCCUGGGAAGAGGAGUCUCUCGGUGGUGAGGCACGAAACAAGUACUCUGAAAUCAUGACAGCAAAGCCCAAGCUGCACUACACCAAUGGGAGGGGGAAGAUGGAGUCCAUCCGAUGGCUGUUAGCAGCAGCUGGGGUUGAGUUUGAGGAAGAAUUCAUAGAAAAAAAGGAAGACUUAGAAAAAUUACGCAGUGAUGGAGUUCUGCUGUUCCAGCAAGUGCCCAUGGUGGAGAUUGAUGGGAUGAAGAUGGUGCAGACUAGAGCCAUCCUCAGCUACAUAGCAGGGAAAUACAAUCUCUAUGGGAAAGACUUGAAGGAGAGAGCCUGGAUUGAUAUGUACGUGGAGGGAACAACAGACUUGAUGGGAAUGAUCAUGUAUCUCCCUUUUCAAGCAGCUGACACAAAGGAAAAGAAUUUAGCCUUAAUCAUUGAACGAGCUACAAACAGAUACUUUCCUGUUUAUGAAAAAGCCUUAAAAGACCAUGGACAUGAUUAUCUUGUUGGCAACAAAUUAAGUUGGGCAGACAUCCAUCUGCUGGAAGCCAUUUUAAUGGCAGAAGAAUGUAAGCCUGAUAUACUGUCUGCAUUCCCUCUGCUACAGGCUUUUAAAGGAAGAAUAAGCAACAUUCCAACAAUCAAAAAAUUCUUGCAGCCUGGAAGCCAGAGGAAGCCACCAGCAGAUGAGAAGUUUAUUGCCGUUGUGAGGAAAAUAUUCAAUAUCUAAUAAUUUGGCUGCUGAAGAUAACACUGUGCCUUAUGAGUGUAGACUGCAUAGAUUAUUCUGUAGCUUGGAUUUAUAGCCAUUCAUGUGGUAAUCAUUGAAAUAAGAGUACACUUUUAAAUUAGAUAGAGUAAGAGGCUGAUUUGGACCUGUUAGGUCAAGAAGGUGGUAUUUUGUGGAGCAACUAUAUGAAAUAAAACAUGCUGAUACUUUGUGUUUGUGUAUUUACAGUACAUGCCUGGUAGGAUAAAAUGUUAAAAUGUU